AUGGCGAGCGUGAAGCGUAACAGCUCGCUCAAGCGACUGCUAUUAUCACUUUUUGUCACCUUUCUCUUUGCUUCUCUUUCCUUGAGCGCCAAAUUACCCCACCAUGUCAGUAAUGGCUACAGUCAAGGCCAUGGCCAUUCCCAUCACCACAAGCACACUUCCAAGCACAAAAGUGAUGCCCUGAAUUACAGUCUGCAAGAGCGAGCCACAACCACAUAUGCCGCAGCCGUUCAAAAGGGAAGAGGCCUCAUAUGCCUUAUGGAGUCCACGAUCGCCAAAGCAGCAACUCUCAACCUAGCAGGAAAUAUCCAGUCAACGUGGCUGGCAUCGGAUUGGCUUGUAAUGCAAGGAUGGAGACCAAUGAAUCUGGGAACCUUCACAUACGAAGACUUGACUAUCGAAUUACCUGCUUAUGGUAAUAAGUUGGAUGCAUUCUUCUCGUCGAUGGGGAUUGCCUUUGACGGCUCUAGUGCUCAGUAUUUAAUGAACACAGUUCAAGGAGCAUAUUACGACAGUGACUAUAAUGAAUUCCCAUGCGUGGUGAGUCAAUAUUACACUCUGACUGAUUCCGCCCUAAAAAAAGCAUUAUUGAUUGAAGCCAUCAAUGAUGACAAUGAUCAGGCCUCCGAGGGGAUAUUUGGCAACAUGAUAGAUAUCAAUUCCGGCACCAUCGUCGCCGAUCUGAACCGGAGCCCAUUGAACAUGAAUUACCCGGCAGCUGUGAUAAACACUUUCUGCCCUAUACGACAGUGGUCUGACGCCGUAUAUAUUCAAUGGCUUGCUGCCGAUGCCGUGGAAUCCACGCCAUUGAAUCGGAUUGAAUUUAGACAUACUAAUGAUAAAGUUAAUAUAACAUUAUAUGCUGGUAUCACCAACGCUGCGACACAGCAGUUCGUCAUCCAGGCGCUUCAGAACAAGGGCACAGUGACUGAAAUCCCAACGUGGGAUGCGAACAAUCAGCUCACGCUGACACGUGCAGAUGAUGGGGACUUCUUUGCUGCUAUCCUGGGUAGCCCCAACGGGGCGGGCUGUGCAUACCUGUUGGCGCAGCACAAGGGACAAUUUGGAAUCAAGCAGUUGACAUCAGUUAGUAUUUGGGUGAGCGGGAGUACACCCUUCACUCUUACGUCGCCAAUCGGUACACUGGGACAGAAUCUGAACCUAGUCUUCACGAUGGAAACUGUGGUAGAUACGAUUGAUGUGUGA